CACAUGGUUUCAUAAUUUUAUAUUCUUGAUUUUGAACCUUGACAUAGUAUGUCUUCAUGUUUAAUUUUUUUUUUGUUGUUGAUAAUAUCAUGUUAUUUAGAUGGUAAUUAUUUAUAAUAUACAAGUGGAGAGUUUUUAUUUCUUUUAUAAGAAGUGGAAUUAAUAAUCCAAAAAGACAUAAAUAUUCUAAUACAAAACAUUAAAAGUCUAUCUUAAUCCAUCUGUAAACCCAAGUUAAAAUGGCUUACUUGCCAUAGCUAAUUAAUUAAGUGUAGUACUUAAUACAUCAUGGUAAAAUAUACCAUCAUUUCAUUAAAUGAAAAGACACGUUAAACUCUCCUUUUCUUCUUACAUUCGACUCUCUUCGUAAACUAUAUUCGAAAAAAUAAUGCAUGCAUUAGCUCGUAUAGAAUGGAAGUAAGAAAAAAGAACCGGACGUAUAAGGGGAGUACGAUAAUUUAACAGAAAUAAUUUGUUUCUUGUUUUUAUCUCUAAAACAUUUGAAAUUCCUCAAUUUGGCUACUUAUUAAUCACUCGAAAUCUUUACCCAAUCUUGAUUGAUUUCUUUCCAUCCACUGCUCUAUUCUUCUACUCAAAUCAAUUUCUAGGCUGGAUUUUUAUUUAACAAUGGGUUGCACUAGUUCAAAGCCAAAAGUAAUGCCAAAAAUGCAACGGACACUAUUCUGCAGUGCAUCGAAGCUACUCAUGAACAAACAUAUUCCUAUCGAUGAAGAAGAGUGUAGCAUCCAACUGGUCUCUCUCACUUCCUCAACAUUAGGAUCUUCGAGACUUUAUCCAAUGAAACAACAUAUCGAAGAUGAUGAAUUAUUGUUAAAAAAAAAAAGAUGACAUUGAUAAAGAGUUCGAAAUGGGGCUGAUUGAGAGAAAGACAUGGUCUCAAAUGAUCAAUGAGGAAAUCCCAGAAGUGAUUCCUAAGACUACAAUUACAACUACUCCUGGUGGUGAGCCAGAGAGAGUCAAUGUUUAGGAAUUGAUGGAAGAUCUUAAAGAUACUAAUCUUCUUGCAUCUCCUCAUCGUGUCUGUAACUUUUCUUUCCAUGUCUUGGACAAUACGCCCCGACUGAAAUCAAACUGUGGAGUUGCUCAGCUUAAAUUGGUUCAACAGAAAAAAGACAAAGUGAUUUUAUACUUGACAAGCCUGAGAGGAGUGAGGAAAACGUAUGAGAAUUGUUGUCAUGUUCGGAUGAUUUUGAAGGGACUAUGUGUUAAGAUCGAUGAAAGAGAUGUAUCGAUGCAUGCAGGGUUUAAGGAGGAGUUGAAAGAGUUACUACUAGGGGAACGAUACGGAGGAUGGGUUUUGCUGCCAAGGGCAUUUCUGGGAAAAUACAUUGGUGGGGUUGAUGAAAUAUGCAGAAUGGACGAAAACAGACAGCUUGAGAAGGUAGUAGAAAGCUGUGAAAGGGUAGAAAAUGGAGUUUGUGAAGGCUGUAGAGAUGUUAGGUUUGUGCCAUGUGAGACAUGCUAUGGAAGUUGUAAAAUAUACUAUGAAGCAGAGUAUGAUGAAGAAGAUGAGUGUGGCUUCCAACGAUGCUCAGAUUGCAACGAGAAUGGGCUUAUACAAUGCCUGACUUGUUGGGAUUAACAUUCAUCCGCUUGUAUGGGGCUAUCUAUUUACAAGGACGAAGACGAUCAAAGUUCAGGCCUAAGCUGAUGGGUAGGACUUAGGAGCAGUUCUAAGGCGAGUUUUACAGGUUCAACUGAAGCAUUAUUUUCAGCUCAAACUAUGUAUGCAUAUGCAAAAUAAUUCUAAGCACUAAGAUUCUAGGUCCUGAACCUUCUUUUAGGCAAAGGCUUCAAGCAUCUAAACUAAUGCAAAUAUCAUCUAGCCAACAGAUUAUCCAACUUUUACUGCCUAUUCAGCACAUUAGUAGCAGCAGUAUAAUAGUAACAAUUAUCCAACUGUGAAACAUGGUUGAUAAGAUUAGGUUCAAACAAAUACUGUUCCAGCAUCUGGCAUGAAAUUACCAAUAGCUUCCCCAGUUUUUCUGGCUCUAGGACUUGCAAGUCUAGGCAAAUUCAUAGCAGUAGUAUGUGUGCGAUUGCAGAAUGGACGCAAGUUACCUUUGUCAAUAACACGUAGAUCAAUGAAUGAUAAAAUACCAGCUCACUGAAAA